GGGUGAGCGCAUGUGCCAUCCUGGCUUCUAUGGCAACCCGAUAGAUUAGCCCCAUCGAUAUUCACGUUAUUAGAAAGCGGCAGGCUGAUGGAUCAGUGAUGUGAGCGCUGUUUGGACGCUGGUGCCAGCUCCGUGCGUGUGCGCGUGUGUUCACCUUGCACUGAGGGAGAGCUCAGACAUUUCGGGGAGGUGGAGAUCAUGCUUUGUCAUUGAGGAGCUCAGCAGCAGCAGCAGCAUUCUCCCACUCCGGCACGUCCGACGCUCAGCAUGCUGCAUCCUGAUGCGCUCCCGUCUGCACUCACUGAGCUUACCUGGAUUUACAUGCAUUUUCUCGUCCGCCGCUUUCACAUGACUGUCUGAUGGAAGCGGCCGCGUUUCGUUGACGCAUCUCAAUGUUUGAACCGGUGGAGAGCGGCACGUCCCAAGUGUCAGAUAAGAUACGACCUGUCCUGCGGAUGCGCCGUCACUGUUUUGCCUCCAGCGGCACCCCAAGUGUACGAGAUUCAUGAUUCAUCCCUGUGUUUUCACGGGCUGUCCUUAGAGCGCACCUCUCCUUCUCCCGCACAAAAAUGGAAAGAUUCCAGUCUUCCAUGCGCAAACGGCUCUACAGCUUGCCGCAAAACAUUGGGCAAAAACCCUUUGUGAUUGACGAAGGAGACAGCGGCGACAAGGACACUAAGAGGAAAAGUAUUCGGCUAAAACAUUUGUCCUCUCCGUCUCCUACCAGCAGUUGCAAGAGCAUUGACGAGGCCAGGAGCGAAGACUUGGACAGGGACGUUACUGUGAGGACCAACUUGAACGGGGACUGUCGCUUUUUCAGGGGGAGCAUCUCUUCCAUCACCGGGCGGCAUCCUCCGGAGUCAGAUGUGGCGGAGCAGCGGCGCCUCAUCCCCGAGGCUGAUGCCGGAGUCAACGAGAGUUUCUCCGACGUGUACGGCCCCGGGGCCCAACAGCCGGCAACCGGUGGACUGAUUUGCGCAGCCGGGCAACCGUCACUGUUUGACCAGUCAAGUUUCAUCAAGUUGGAGGGCACCGAGCAGAUCAUCCCCGAGGAUGACCGGCUGUACCAAGCCGGCUUCAUGCACCGGCAGUUCGGAGCGAUGCUCCAGCCGGGAGUCAACAAGUUCUCCGUGCGGAUGUUGGGGAGUGAGAGGGCCGUGGAGCAUGAGAGGGAGCGAGUAAAGUCUGCAGGCUUCUGGAUAAUCCACCCCUACAGUGAUUUUAGGUUCUACUGGGAUCUGACUAUGCUGCUGCUGAUGGUGGGGAACCUCAUCAUCAUCCCUGUGGGCAUCACCUUCUUCAAGGACGAGCACACGCCGCCCUGGAUCGUCUUCAACGUGGUGUCGGACACCUUCUUCCUACUGGACCUGGUGCUCAACUUCCGCACAGGCAUCGUGAAGGAGGACAACACGGAGAUCAUCCUGGACCCGCAUCAGAUCAAGGUCAAGUACCUGAAGAGCUGGUUCGUGGUGGACUUCGUCUCCUCCAUACCCGUGGACUACAUCUUUCUUAUCGUAGAGACGCGCAUCGACUCGGACUUUUACAAGACGGCCAGAGCCUUGAGAAUCGUCCGAUUCACAAAGAUCCUUAGUCUGCUGCGGCUGCUGCGACUCUCCAGACUCAUCCGCUACAUCCACCAGUGGGAAGAGAUUUUCCACAUGACGUAUGACCUGGCCAGCGCCAUGGUGCGAAUCAUGAACCUGAUUGGUAUGAUGCUGCUGCUGUGUCACUGGGACGGAUGUCUGCAGUUCCUGGUUCCAAUGCUGCAAGACUUCCCUGCUGACUGCUGGGUCACCAGAAACAAGAUGGUGAACGACACUUGGGGUCAGCAGUACUCCUAUGCCCUGUUCAAGGCCAUGAGUCACAUGCUGUGCAUCGGCUACGGCCUGUAUCCCCCCAUCGGCAUGGCUGACGUGUGGCUCACCAUCCUCAGCAUGAUCGUGGGCGCUACCUGCUUUGCCAUGUUUGUGGGGCAUGCGACUGCACUCAUUCAGUCUCUGGACUCCUCCAGGAGGCAGUACCAGGAAAAGUACAAACAAGUGGAGCAGUACAUGUCCUUCCACAAGCUCCCUGCCGACAUGCGCCAGAGGAUCCACGACUACUACGAGCACCGCUACCAGGGCAAGAUGUUUGACGAGGAGAGCAUUUUGGAGGAGCUCAACGAACCGCUGCGAGAGGAGAUCAUUAACUUUAACUGUCGUAAACUGGUGGCCUCCAUGCCCCUGUUCGCCAACGCCGAUCCCAACUUUGUCACGUCCAUGCUGACCAAACUGCGCUUUGAGGUCUUCCAACCGGGCGACUACAUCAUCAGAGAAGGAACCAUCGGCAAGAAAAUGUAUUUCAUCCAGCACGGGGUCGUCAGUGUCCUGACCAAGAGCAGCAAAGACACCAAGCUGUCCGACGGCUCUUACUUUGGAGAGAUCUGCCUUCUGACCCGGGGCAGGAGGACAGCCAGCGUGCGAGCUGAUAACUACUGCCGGCUUUACUCUCUGUCCGUGGACAACUUCAACGAGGUGCUGGAGGAGUAUCCCAUGAUGAGGAGGGCGUUUGAGACUGUGGCCCUGGACCGCCUGGACCGCAUCGGGAAGAGGAACUCUGUUCUUCAGCAUAAAGUCCAGCAUCACCAAAGUUCUGGAACUCUAAAUAUUCAUGAGAGUGAGAUCAUCCAAAGAAUAGUGCAGCAUGACCGUGACAUGGCCCAGUGCACACAGCUGAUCCAGAGCAGCGCUGCACAAAAUAUAAACACUCCUGCUGCUCCUCCGUCGCCCACCCCAGUCAUCUGGGCCCCGCUGGUUCAGGCUCCGCUCCAGGCUGCUGCUGCCACCACCCCGCUGGCUCUGGCCUUGGCCCACCACUCUCAGCUGCCUCCCAUCCUCUUCCACCAUCCUCUGGCGCCACAAACCUCUGGCUCUGGGAAGGACCCCGCCAGCCAUCUAAAGCGAGUCCACGUUGGAGCGAACACCUCCAGUAGCUGUGGGUCGGGGCCCGUUUCUCCUGCCAUCUCUGCCAAGCUCGGAUCUGGGAUUGAGAUUCCCACUCUGAUGUUCUCCAAGCCCCAGCAUCUCUCCACGGUCCCCAUGUCCCCCGCACUGUCAUCACAGCCCAUCUUCACCAGCAGCCUGCAGCCCCUGGCCCCUCUGCCCGCCCACCAGCCUCUGCCCCAUCCUCCCCACUCUGGCAUCGCCUCAGUGUUCCCCAUCAGCCAGGCCACUGUCUCCUACACCUGCUCCGCUCAGCUCCACUCUCAGCCCUUCCACGGUGCUAUGACCACCCCACCACUUCCGUUAGGUUUACUCCAACAGGGGGCGCCAGGGAGGCUAGCUGGGAGAUUCCCAGCCCCCUCAGUCUCCGCCAUAAGCCCUCUGAUCUCCAGCUCAGUCAGUCCAAUACUAAGCCAGCUGCAGCAGACCCCUCACGCCACCAUGCAGCAGAUGGGGUCCAGUCAUGAAAGAGUCGGCAGGACAUCCAGCGGUCUGAGUCUGCCACAUUUCCCCUUCAUCACCAACACUCACUCCUCCUCUGGGUUUAUUCAGCCGGUGUCUGCAGUCGGAGCCGGGGCUGCAGCCUCUCUGGCCCAGCACAGCCUGGCAGGACUCCAGUCUGUUUUCCUUCCCCAGGUUCUCCCUGAACACUCUGCCCUUGCCUCCCUGGCCCAGUAUGGGUCUGCGGAGGCCUCGCCUUGCUACACGCCUCCAGUCCACAGUCCGAGUAUACAGAGCCCUGCGAGGGGAAGGACAGUUCACCGCAGCGAGCUCCCCAGCACCAAGAGCUCUCACAGCCCUGUCACCCCUCAGACCUCAUGCCCUGCCAGGGUGGCUUGUACCCUCAAAGAGAGGGCCGAGUCCUCGGUGGAGCUCUUUACCCAGGAAAUAAAGACUAUCUCAGGCUCUCACAGCUCUAUACACCAGGAAAGGCCUUUGGCCAUUAGCGGCUCCUCUGAAAGGGUAGCAGGGGCGCUGAGCCCCUUCUCCUCCCCCAUGGCUGUCAAUAAACCCUACACCCCCAUCCCCGGUCAAGCCACUCCUGUCAGUCGGACACAUUCAGGACCAGAACCACAGAACCAGCCCGUCGGUGUUCAGCCUCCUCCCACUAGAUCUCCUAAAACGCUAGAGAACGAACACAAACAGUCCAAACUUCCCUCCAACUUGUGAGGUUCAGACACACCCUCCUUGAAUGCCUGAACAAAAGGAGAUGUCAUCUCCUUCUUGGCAUCGUUUUAACCACUACUUUGUCAAAUUUUACGGUAGGAGGGUGUGUUAUUUUAAUCAGAUUGGAGUUCAGUGGUUUCAUUUUUAAUCAGAGUGAAUGGAAAAUGGAUGAUAAUGGACAAUGACGGAUCAUUUUUUUCUACAGGUUAUUGCGUCUUUGAAUAUGGUAAUAAACCGAACAUGUACUGAUGAGUAUAUAUAACACCUCAUGAAAAUAUCAACUGUUCUGUGUAUUAUAUUCUAGCCACACUCUGUGAUUUGUUGUAUUUGUUUAAAACCCUCAUUGUCCAGGCAAUUUUGUGUAACCUUUUAGCUUCACCUGUUUAGUUGGAGAAUUGUCCACAACUGUAUUCAGUUCUGACUGAAACCAAAAAUUGCUCUCCUCUGUUUAUAUCCUUUCCCACUGCUGAGAGUAUCGUGUGAAUGCAGGGUUCCCCCUAAAAAGAUGUGAAGAGAGACAGACUGUGCACUUUGCUCAUUUCAGAGAUCACCUAACGUAAAGGUUUAGCGUUGGCAUGUCUUCCAAGAUAGCUUUUCAGCAAUAUUGCACACCCAAAUGGGUCACACAAAUCAGUUCACAUGAAGUAAUGAAUGUAAUGUUUGUCUGAGUGGGAGGAGUGGGACUCAGUUUGAAUGUGUUGAACAUGAAGGUGAUGAUGGUUUUCUGUAGAAUAACCAGGCAAGCCACACAACAGACGCCAACUCGCUUCAGUCUGGCGGUAACUUUGGUACAGAACAUCCAGCUGAGCCAAGGUUGGUGUGCUACUAGCAUAGUAUGCAAUAAUCUGUUUUUUUAUGGCUAUACAAAGGUACUGUGAAUCGAAGCACUUGUGUCAAUGAAUGAGUUUCUGAUUUUAGUUAUUAAAACAAGGAAACUGAAUUUAAAAAAAAGCAAUUGUGGAUAAUCAAACAUCCUGAAACCAGCGAUGCACUAAGAUUGAUGUGAAUGUGUCUUGCACCAGUCAAAGGGCUAAAAGCAGUUACUUGGACACACGAUUAACAAGAAACCCUGAUGGGUCAUAUUGCUGCAUAUUUACCUCUUUCAUUGUACAAUAUUUGAUUGUAAAAUUUGACAUCCGUUGUUGAACAAUUGCUGCUUUGUGAUGCUAUGCUGAAUCAAUAAGACGUGUAUCACUGACCUGCUUUUUAAAACCGGACUCUUGAAUCCUUCUACUUGUUAAUACGUCCAUGUGUUUUGACGAUACAUCUCUCUUUCCGGACCUGUAGCCGGCGACAAACCGUGAGCAGCUAGCCGGUCAGCAGGUCAAAACCAUCCGAGGAUCCUGUCCAGUGGCUUUAGCUGCCUGGUUACUGAACCUGAGCUCGGCCGUGACUCCGAACACCCCGAGGAAGCGAGAUAUGAUCAGUCACUAGCCAGUCACUGCCAAUGGGCUCGAUCAAUCCUUCAUUGCUAUUCUGCUCCGACCACCUGCCAGCGGCAUCUGCUCAGACUGAGUUUAAGGUUACUUUGAGUGCAUUCAACUUGAAGGUGUGUGCAGGAGACAAGGUGUCAGUCAUUCAUCUAUUUAUAUAUUUAUUUCUCAUUUUGCUGCCUUUUUGCCACCAAAUCUGAUGAUUUAAUCACCUGUAUGUUAUAGGCAUAUUUUAUUUUAGCUACUGAAUUCAAUGCAAUAAAAUAACAUAUGAUCAAUGAA